AUGUCAACGUCUGAAACGACUAACGGGCAAGUGCCUACUACUCCAGUAGCACCGACCGUUGAAGCCCCACCAGAGUCGAGUGUUUCAGAAUCUCAGAAGGUAACUUCCUCCGAGAGUAAUGCUAAAAGGCUGAAAAAUCCCAAGCACAAUGCACCCAUGCGCCAAUAUUUAGACCAAACUGUUGUACCGGCAUUGUUAGUAGGCAUGAAGGAGUUAGUCAAGGAAAGACCUCCUGAUCCAUUGGGUUUUCUAGCUGCAUUUUUAUUGAAGUAUAAAAAGGAACAUGUUGACAAAGAUUCAAUUUCAGAAACAUAA